AUGACUUCUUUUCAAAUAAAGCCAUUUUUUGACUCAUCCUUUAAAUGCUCAGUUUUUGCUCAUAUUCUCCCGAAACUGACAUCAUCCAUACUAUCUAUCUCAGUAAAAGAAAAUUCAUGGCCCCAUUUAGAAGGGUUACAACUUGCAGAUCCUGAGUAUUUUUCAUCGAAUCCAAUCGAUAUCCUUCUUGGCGCCGAUUAUUACGGUCAAAUAAUACGCGAAAGCAUAAUAAAAGGACCUCUGAGAUCUCCAAUUGCUCAAUUAACUGAACUCGGUUGGAUCAUCUCUGGUCCGACUGACUCUGAAAUAUCGUCGACUAGUACUCAUAGUUUCCAUGUGUCAAUUGACAAUGAACUCUACCGUUUAAUUCAUAGAUUUUGGGAGCUUGACGAAGUCGCUCCAUUGAAGGCUUCCGUUCUUUCAUCUGAAGAACAAGAAUGUGAAGAACAUUUUCUUAAUACUCAUACGCGUAGCGAAGAUGGUCGAUACAUAGUAAGGCUCCCCUUUAAGAAGCCUGCCACCCAUCUUGGAGACUCGCGAAAAAAGGCCACUCAAAUGAUGCUUAGAUUAUCAAAUAAACUCUCAAUUAAUUCUGAGUAUGCAAAAUUAUAUUCCGACUUUAUGGAAGAGUAUGAACGACUUAAUCAUAUGGAACUUGUUCCUGAUCACCUUCCCGAACCGCGUCACGCAUUUUAUCUUCCACAUCACGGAGUCAAACGAGAACAAAGCCUUACAACAAAAUUACGCGUCGUUUUCAAUGGUUCAAGCCCCACUACUUCCGGUUUUUCAUUAAAUGACUUGUUACACACCGGAGCUAAAUUGCAAGUAGAAUUAUUUGAUGUCCUGAUCUGGUUUCGUCAAUUCAAAUAUGUUUUUUCAUCUGACAUGGAGAAAAUGUACCGUCAAAUUAAUGUUCAUCAAGAUGAUUGGAAGUUUCAAAGAAUCCUGUGGACUGACAGCUCAUUUAAAUUACGUUCCUAUCAUUUGACAACAGUUACAUAUGGGUUAGCUUGUGCUCCUUUCUUAGCUUUACGCACUAUUCAGCAAUUAAUAAAGGAUGAAGGUUCACGUUUCCCAUUAGCUUCACCUUGCUUACAGAAGGGAAGAUAUGUAGAUGACCUCUUCGGAGGAGCAGACAACUUAGAGACAACCAAGGAUGUCGUUAACGAACUAAAAAAGCUCUGUAUGGCUGGCGGUUUUAAGUUGCGAAAAUGGUCAACUAACCAUCCAGAAAUACUCAGCUCAAUUCCUAAGGAGGAUCAGAUUCCGUCAGUAUCUAUUGACAGAGACAAUAAUCCUAUUGUUCAAGCUCUCGGACUUCAGUGGCAACCAAUAGACGACGUAUUUCAAUUUACGUUUAUUUGUCAAAAUGAGGGGGAGAUUACUAAAAGAAAGGCACUCUCAACUCUUGCUAAGUUCUUUGACCCCCUUGGUUUCUUAUCACCAAUUAUUAUCAUCGCGAAAAUCCUUAUCCAAGAGUUGUGGGCAAUAAAACUAGGUUGGGACGAUCCAUUACCUUGUCAUUUCACAAGUAGAUGGCAUAAUUUUAUAAAAAAUCUUCAAGAUACCCCCCAGAUUACGAUCCCUCGGUGGAUAGGCUUUUCAGGCGAGAAUCGCAUCGAAGUACAUGGAUUCUCUGACGCCUCAAAAAAAGCAAUGGCUGCGGUUGUUUAUGUUCGAAUUACCACACCUGAAGGGAGUAUCAGUGUAAAUUUCGUAGCCUCUAAAACAAAAGUUGCACCUUUGAAACGCCUUACGAUUCCAAGACUUGAACUGUGUGGAGCAGUUUUGCUGACCAAACUAGUUUUCCAUCUUCUCACUGUACUGGAUUUAAAGAAUCAACCGAUCGUAAUGUGGACCGACUCAUUGAUCACUUAUACAUGGUUAAAUAAUCAUCCCUCCAGGUGGAAGGAGUUUGUUUAUAAUCGCGUUAGUUUUAUCCAAGAGAGUUUACCACAAGCUGAAUGGAAAUUUGUUCCUGGUCACGAAAACCCUGCAGAUGCAGCUACCAGAGGGCUCAUCCCCUCUCAACUAUUAAAUGAUACUUGUUGGUGGAACGGUCCGACUUGGCUGUCACAGUCAACUACAAUGUGGCCGCAACGUCCUGCCCCCCAUUCUCAGGAAAAGGAUUUAGAAGAACACACUAUCAAGGUACAUGCUGUUGUCAUUAAACCGAAAUCGGAAUGGGAUCUUCUGUCGAGAUACUCUAAUUUAACUAAAUUGUAUCGUAUCACCGCCACCUGCCAACGAGCCAUAUCCAGAUUUCGUAGGGUUCCACCGUCGGCAUUCAUGCCUACUCUUACCACUCAGGAGUUAGAAACAGCAAGGAACUUUUGGGUUAAGACUACGCAACGAAUGUUCUUUUCAAACGAAAUUCAAUCUCUCUCUAAUGGACAACCGAUCUCCCGAUCAAGUCAUAUCGUACGUCUUACGCCCUUUUUGGAUGCGUCCGGCUUAUUGAGAGUCGGAGGUCGUCUCCAACAAUCGCAUCUUUUUGAAACCGAAAAACACCCUCUGAUUUUGCCAAAGGAGUCAGCAUUAACCCCCCUCAUUAUCUCUCAUGCUCACAAUCAAACACUGCAUGGUGGCACUCAAGUCACGCUAUCCUAUAUUCGCAAAGAAUACUGGUUGAUAGGAG